AGCAGCACCUCGACGGGCAGGUUCGGCAGCAGCAGCGCCGCCGGUGGCGGGAGUCGCAAGCUGAGCUUCGACAUCGGCAGAAUGGAGCACUCGGAUUUAGUCUCCGAGAUGGCUCAGGUCGAGCAUCUCUCCACGCAGGACCGGCUGCAUCUGGCGCGCAUGCGCCGAGCACAGCAGCUGAAGGUGGCCAAACAGAAGGAAAAGGAAUGGCUCAAGGCACAGCGCAGCCGGGACCGGCUGGGGACGCAAACUAGCUCCUACAAGCGGCACAUCACCUUCGAGGAUAGUGUGGUCCUGCUCGAAGCGGCUGCACGGAACGACAUUGCCGAGGUGGCAAAGUUGCUUCAGAAAGGUGUCACGCCGGAUGCAACGAAUAUGGACGGCCUGACGGCACUGCACCAGUGCUGUAUCGACGAUAACGCCGAGAUGUUGAACCUCCUCCUGGACUACGGUGCCAACGUGAACGCACAGGAUAGCGAGCGGUGGACACCGCUCCACGCGGCCGCCACCUGUGGGCAUCUCAACCUGGUCAAGAUACUGAUCGGACGGGGCGCGAACCUGCUGGCGGUGAACGCCGACGGGAACAUGCCGUACGACAUCUGCGACGACGAGGAGGCGCUCGACUACAUCGAGGCGGAAAUGUCCAAACGGGGCGUCACGCAGGAACUGAUCGAUGAAACGCGAGCAGCCACCGAGACGCAGAUGCUGCACGACCUACAGGACAUUUCACUGCAGGGCGGCGACAUGGAGGUCCCGGAUCUGCAGGGUGCCACUCCGCUUCACAUAGCGUCGGCCAACGGGUACACGAGGGUCGUCGAGUUCCUGCUGGAGCAUCACACGUCGACCGAUGCCGUCGAUAAUGAUCUCUGGACGCCGGUGCAUGCAGCCGCUUGCUGGGGACACCUGGAGGUACUGGAGAUGCUCGCCCAAAGCGGUGCCGAUUUGAAUGCCAAAAAUAAAAAUGACGAAACUCCUUCCGAUAUUUGCGAAGACCCUGAAAUUCGAGAACGAAUAGAGCAACUAAAGACGGAGCAGGAGAGUAAACGAUUGGCCGAAGCGCAACGCAAACGUGUGCGACGGUCGCAGAGCAACAACACUAGAGCACAAUCCGUGCGACGAACAUCGCUGCGAGACAAGGGACUAACGACCAAAAAGGAUGCCGUGGAAGAGGCCCGUUUCCGACUGCAGGCACAGGAGGGUGGUCAGCAUCACGUGCACCAUCACGCCAACAUUCCAGCCAACGGCCUGUCGGCGGCUUCGGCCACCGCCACCAGCACGGGCCAGGGGGCCGCUGGCAGCACUGCCGCCGCCGCUGAGGUGUACUCCACCUCGAACAGCGAGAACGGCAAGAUCAACGUCCAGGUGACGGUGCUAGUCGAUCCCUCUGUCGCAGGAACGUUGGCCGAUCUGAAGAAGCACCGGUCGCAGAACCGUUCGAGCGUCAGUCCGGAGAACGGUUCCCUGCUCAGCGGGACCGCUCCGAGCUUGGCCGGCAGUCUGAGCAAUGGUGCGGGCGGCGGGACCACCACACCGAACGGGACCAGCACUGCUGGCGCGGGGACAACGCCACUGGAACUGUCGCUCGUAUCGAACGAUCUGCACCACCAUCAUCACCAACUGCAUCACUCGCCCCAUCUCAACCAUCGGCAACACCAGCAGCAGCAGCAACAGCAGCAUUACGAUGGUGGUGUAAUCGGAACCGGAACCGGCAACGGCUCACUGCACGGUGGUUCCGUUGCCGCGACCGGUGAAAGCGAAGCCGGCACCCCCGGCGGUACGCUGUCCAAGUUCAGUGGCAAUACCAGUGACGUCGUGAGUGACAGUACCCGGUCCCGUCGGUGCUGUGUGCUGAUGUAAGCCAGGAAGCUCAGAAAAUCGUUCCUUUUUACCCUGCCUUCGUCCGCCCCCGACGUCCCUUCGUCGUCGUCAUGUGUCGUCUGUGUGAAAAGCGCCAUCUACCGAGCAAUGCAAUGAAAUAACUUCUAGUAUCGUGGACACUAGCGCCCCCUGUGGUCCGAUAGCCGAACCGUUGAUGCGCGCUGCAAUACUGUCAGUGUGUGACGACGAUGCUGUCAGUUGGCGUGCUCUUCCCACAGCAUGCCGCAACACUUCUCUCAGCGAAGGAAAUUCGACGAUUCGUGACGAUUGUGCAAAAAAGAUACAACGUGAGACACAGCUUCAAAACGCAGCCCCAAAAUCGACUGAGAACUGUACGCACAGUUCAGCACAAUCGCUUUACCUUCACUUUACCACCCUGAUGCCACUGUGCACCGCUGAAUCGCUGUAUCAUGGGGUCACGGGUUGCUCCCAAACACGGAGCAUCGCCACUUAAUAAGCAAAGGAUGUAAAGCAAUAUUCAUAACGGUUAAGGCCGAACAAGACACCAACGCAAAAGCUCAUCAGCACAGAUAAGAGGCAGGGCCUCUAGUUCCCCCCCGAAAGCCGGUGGUGUGGUGGUAAAGUUGAAAACUAGGACGACGAAAGAGUUUAAUAGCUAAUCAAGGCACACACUACGCGAUUGUAGAGUAGUAGAAAGAACUGACUCCGCUCCGCUCCGCUGACGUUGUUGGAAGCGCGGCUAGGUAGAAAUGGUCAAAUUGUGAUUGAUCCUGCGAGAGGGAUACCACUGAUCCAGCCAGCUUAUGGUAGGUUGUAAAUACGAAACCCCCUCCCCCGCCCAACACGAGCCCAAUGCCCCCGAUGUAGCUAGGUACUUAUGGCCGCAGCGACUUACACACGUUACUCUGUAUAGUAGUGAUUUGUCUCGUCCGUACGGUGUAAUAACACGCGGUACAGGGCAGAGCGCGAGCGAAACUCAAAAGAAUUAGCAAACUCCAAGCUCCAGAUAGAGCCAAUUCAUAAAUAUGUCCUCAGCAGCCGGCAGCAGGCUUUCCGCGGGGACAUGGCAAAGUCGGCAAUAGUAGUGGCGCCCCAUAGGUGUUACUAGCGAGCUACCUUAAAUAUGCACCCGGGCACCCCAGCAACGUAGAUAAGACUUAUGACACGCAAUAUUGCAUCACCACCCCACGCAUCACAGAAUUCACACAACGGACACAGACACACACAGGUAUUACUUCCCAAAGCGUAGUAGAAGAGUCCGUUGUGUGUGGAGUCCGUUUCGUUCAGUUUAGUUGUUUUGUUUUAGGAUUUUUUUGUUUAAUAUGCUUCCCUUCUCCGUGUUUUUCCACACAUUGUCCGUGUUUUUUUUGCUUGUUUCGUGUUUGAUAAUUAUUGUAUGUUUGCGUGUGCGGUACUCGUUCCGAUUCAUUCACCCCUCACCGCGUCGUUCAGUCAGUCGUCCAUAGUACGGAGAAGUAAUAGUAUCUGGAGGAGGUUAGUGACAGGAGACGGGCGUCGGUGGUUCGAAGGUGCCCGUUUCUUCGCGCGAUCACGCGAUCAGUGCAUAGAAAAGUAUAAAUACACAUAUAUGCGCCAAACGCAUAUACUACGCACGAGAAAGUAGUGUACAGGUACGGAACUGAGCAGCAAAAACGAUCGACUUUACGUGAAACCGAUCAAAAGCAAUGUCAAAACGAUAUAAAAAGAAAUCGAUAGAACGAGAAAGUGAGAUAACUAGAGGCACAGAG